AAUAAACUUUGACAAAAGAAGUGAUGCUGUGUUGCCAAGGCACAAAGAUAUUUCGCAUCAAGGAAGUCUCCUUAAUUGAAUGUUUCAAUAACAGCUACGCAUAAUUGUAGAAAGUCGGUGAUUUCAAUUUAUUAUGCAAUUUAUUUUAAGUCCUAACUGCCUUCCCUUGCGGGUUAUUUGUUAUAUUUCACAGUAGACGUAGUAAGACCAGUUAGCGAAAAUAUUAAAAGAGAAGCUGGCAGUACUGUUGGUCAAUUGUCAAAAUAGUGUCAUCGUCAAACAAAAUCAAUCGCUGUCAGCUCCAGCUGUUUCGCCAUCGCCGGUGAAAAGUACAACUUUGUAGAAUAGAUUAGUUUUAAUAAGUCAAAUAAGACGAAAUGGACGAGAUUGAAUAUAAAUUAAAUACUAAUAAUAGCGUUCUUAUCGUUAAUGCCAUUGACAAGUUAAUAUCUACGAUUAAAUCGAAAUACAAACCAAUUGAACGUCAAAGAUUUGUUAACGAAAAUGAAGAGUUGAAGUUUUUGAGAGAGAAAUGUUCGUCGAAGGAGGCCAGAGUGAGCCUGACGGCGUGUCAGGGUCUGCUGGCGCUGGUGGAGCUCGGGGUGCUGGAGAUAGCGCACACUAUGUCCACAGUCGUCACCUUAUUACCGAGUGCACACAACUACUCAGCAAUAAUAUCAACAAUGGCUGGUCUCCUGAUCCUGGACCUGAAGGCCCGCCUGGUGCCUGGUCAGCAGUACAAGUGCCAAUUCUCUCUGAAGUCACCGCAGCAUCCAUUCAUCACUGUCCUGGAGAAGAACAAGGAUGCGGAGGAUGAUGUACUGGUCCAGAUGCAUGCAUUGUGUACUCAUCCAGAUUAUACUGUGUCAUCAAAUAGUCUAGAACUGCUCCGGCCAGUGUUCCUCUGGCUGACCUGCCACCCUCAGCGCAACUGCAGCAUAAGACCCUGGCAGCUCCUGCUCAGUCUCCCACAGACAACUGCCCAGUCUUCUCUCCUCUUAGCCUGUUUGAGCUGUCAACAGAUCUACAGCCCUGAGUCGAUCGACCGCUCCCUGUCCGCGUACAGCGCGGUGGCGGAGGCGGCCGUGUACCAGCAGCAGCGCGACCGCGUGCUCGCGCUGCUGCCCGCACUCGCGCGUCUGGCCGCCCAGCUCACUCACAUGCAACGCGACCCUCGCUCCUGCUACAACCUGAUCGAGCGCUGCUUCGCUCUGGACGCGCCGGAGUUGCGCGCGGUGGCCGGCAUCACGCUCAUGCUGCUCGCCGAGAACCUCACAGACACGUCCGCACUCUACCUGCACGAGCUGUUCAACUUGUGUUUAAAUAUAAUCAGCAAAUACGAAUACUCCGCAAUCUCCCUCAACGUUUUCGUCGCUCUCUCACUCCAAUGGCUGAACCUCCCGUCCUACCUCACGGCGGCAGCAUUAAAAGUAGCUUCCAAAAUCCUGGACACGUACCAGGACAACUACAAAGACGACGCGCGCCUCCACACACCUAACUUGAAAGCAAACAAGACAUUCCAAGCUCUGCUAUUCACAGACAGCCAUCUGUCAAUAGUCUUCAAACUAAACCAAAACUGGGAACGAAUGAGGGACAGUCCAGACAAAAUAAAGACCUGGCUGGAUUCCUUAUCAACAGUAAACGAAGAGGUCAAGUUAGAAUUGCUACCAUUCCUUCUCGGCAUGAUUUUGGAGAAGAAGGAGCCCUGGUAUGACGAAAUAGUUGUGAAAGUGAUUAAAAUUGUGGUGGACUUGGUUAAUUAUAAGAAGGAGGUGUCAGUGCAACUGUUGCCGAUCUUAGUGUAUAAGAUAGCUAGUGAUAAGUGUCCGAGUGUUAAACUGGAGUGCCUGAGGGCGCUGCCGUUGAUGGCGAAGACUAAGGAAAAUGUGCCAACCAUAGUAUCAGUUCUGAACAAGUUGAAAGCCAACAAGGGAGCGCCGACAUCCUUCCUCAUCAUGUUGUACACCACUUUAGCGGAAACUCAAGUUCGCUGUUUCCCGUACCUACAAGAAAUGUUAGUGGACUCUGGUGUUGGCAAGCCAGACGAAUUGAAGUGGGAGCUGGACAUUGCUAAAGCAGUCGCUGUUAACAGGAUCUGUGAGAUUCGCCCCACGAGCCACGGCCUGGAGCUGGUGUCGGUGAUCUCGGGGCUGCUGAACCGCUGCGGCGAGCGCUCGGGCGCGGCGGCCACGGCGCAGUGCGUGCGCAGCCUGGCGCGGCUGUGGCGCGGCGCCGCGCUGCAGCCGCACUCCACGUGGGCCGCGCUGCAGCCCAAGCUGGCGCGCGACAACCGACACGCUGUGCAGAUCAGUAUCUGUAAGCUUCUGAGCGAGGUUCCAUCACUCCGCGUAGCGACACCAGAAUACGACAAGCUGGUCUCCGAGAGUGUCCGCAAGCUGUGGGGCUACAUAGCCGAAGGGAACAGGCCCGAGCUGGUGGAGGCUGCCUGCGAUGCCCUCGCUACUUACAAGAUCGAUGAUUAUAAACUGAAGGAUGUUCCUGAGAUUUACAGGAAGACUGUAAAACUACCGGCAUCGUUUUGCAAAACACCAGCAGAUGCCGCCAGAAAACCUGAGGAUGUGCUUGACUAUGUUCCAUGCGAAAUCUGGCCAGAAGUGUUCAAAUACACGAACCAGAGCGCGUUGCCGGGCGUGCAGCGGCUGGCGGCGCGCCUGGCGGAGCGCGAGCUGCGCGCGCUGCGCAGCGGGGCCUACCUGCACGCGCCGGCCGCCGAGCCCGCCGGCCUCGCGCGGCUGCAGCCCGCCAGCGUCCUCAGGGGGCUCGUGGACUGCUUCAGGAGGCAGGCAACAAGUCCAUCCUACGAGUACCCGGACAUAGUCCUGCUGUCCAUCCUGGGCACCCUGAGCUCGGAGUACCCGAAGCCGCUGCCGCCGUUCGAGCUGAGCUUCCUCGCGGAGGUCCUGGCGCGCGGCGCGGCGUGGCGGCGCGCCGGCGUCACGCUGGCGGCGCGCCAGGCGCAGGUGGCCGCCUCCGCCAGGCGCCUCGUGGACGACUAUCUGCAGGGGGUCACGGCGGGGACUGCUGAGGAAUCAGACAUCGCCCUAAUGUUUGAGAUCCUACCUAUACUAUGUCGGAGUAUGCCGCCCAACUCACUGCGGGCGCCUCUCGAGCGAUGCCUCGCCGACUCCUUCGGGACCAUCGUGAACAUCAAGGCCAAGCCCAAGGGCACCGAGCAGUACCUGUUCGUUACACAGAUGGAGAGGAUCAGACAGUGCCUCGAAUGUGAUAAGAUACACGAUGCUAAUAGAACGCUACUGUCGCAGAUUGUGGAGAAUUACUUCUCAAUGAUUAAUGAUGAUAAUGUGGCGUGGCCAACAUUCGUGCAGACCUGCUGCAGUUUAUCCAGUAAGCACAUAGAGCGCAUGUCUUCGCCGAGCAGCUGGUGGGAGGUGUCCAGCGUGUUGCUACGUAAGGCCACGGCUGUGCGAUGUGCAAAGACUAAACUGCAUGACUGUGAUACUGCGCUCAACUGGUUGAAUGAGAUCAUUGAUGCACAGGCUACGCAGAUAACUGAGCAGGACUUCUCAUUACGCUGCAUGCUACCAGCGCUGAAGGCGGCCAAACCUGACGCACCCGCCACUAAGGAGUGGCUCCUACAGCUCAUGGGCCGGACACAGGUCGCGUUCAACGAAACCGAAGACAAAUCAGCCAAGCUGUACUUGUGCGACGUGUUCAUGCUGUGUGUGAUAGUGUUCAGCGGUCUAUGGGCGCUGGAGAUUGAGGCGGAGCAGGCGGCGAGCAGUCGGUCCGCGAGACAUGCCAUGUUACCUGCCGCGGCCGCUGUGCUCGUGCGCAGGGAGGCUUGGAAGGACUGUGCACUGCAGAUCUUAGAGUGGCUGAGUCACACCCGCAGCGUGGCGGCGGACGCGAGCACCGCGGCCAGCUGCCAGCGCGCGCUGCUGGCCGCGCGACACGCGCCGCACUUCGCCACGCACAGGAUAUGGACCAGGCUGGAAAGCCAUUUCGGUCGAGACAUUAUUAUUGAUGAAUAAUUUAACAAUUU